AUGGCAACACAAAUAGUGUUGGUGCCGCGUAAACUGCAGCAGCAGACUCCUUCGACUCGCGAUGGUCUUUCUCGUGAGGUAGAGAUCUCUCAACGCGUUUAUGGCUGCCAGCUCAUUCAAAAGGCCGGUGUACUACUGAGACUCGAGGCAGUCACGGUCGCUAGUGCCCAAACCAUCCUCCACAGGUUUUACUACAGGAAGAGCCUGAAGAAAUUCGACGUCAGGCUGGUGGCGACCUCGUCCUUGCUGCUGGCCUGCAAGUUGGAGGAGGACCCUCGGAGAGUUAAGAGCUUGAUAGAUGUCGUGCAGCUCCUUUCCAGGGCAGAAGAUGCGAAUGCCAAAGUCACAGAAGACAAUAUAGAUGAUUUCCUAAUUGAAUACGACUCAACGGAAUUUGACAUUGCGCGGGCCGAGAUAUUUCGUUGCGAGCGCUACAUUUUACGGGAGCUGGGCUUCAUGGUAUCGCAGACACUGGUGCACCCUCACAGAUACAUUCUUCAAUACAUUCAUGCCCUGUGCAAAGGAGACUACGUGCCGACGAACAGACUCUCACAGAUAGCCUGGGGAUACCUCAACGAUAGCAUGCAGACGACUCUUUGCUGCGAAGUGCAGCCCGCAGUGGUUGCUGUCGGCAGCAUUUUCCUAGCGGCCUGUGACCUGAACAUCCCGUUAGCCAGAGAGACGGGCUGGUAUGAGCUGUUUGAUGUAACUUGGGAAGAUGUCGUUAAAGUUUGCACUCGCAUUCUUUCCCUUUAUAAACGCGAACCACCAAAAUACAAGAAACUCGCCGAGACAAGGCCAGUAGUCGUCGCAAGACCGGAAAAAAGUAUAACUAAGAAUGAAAAAGAUGACGAAGCUACGCCUGCCGGUGCUGCGCCAAGUGCAGCACCAGCCACUGAGGCCAACAGCAAGAAUGCCGUGGACACAGAAACAGAGAAAAUGGAAGCCGAGCCGAUGGAGGUGGAAUCAACGGAUAAUCCGGAGUUGAAAGUUGAUGACAAACAGAGUGAAACAGCAGAAGGGAGAGGGGCAGAGACCCGGCCGGAAGCGUCGCCCGCUAGAGAAUCACCGAGUUCAGUGAAGGAUGGGCACAGGGAGUCUCGUGAGGAGGCCGCGCAUGAUCACUCUACUCUGCGUCGUGCUGAAUCUCGUGAGAGCCCUUCGCGUUACUCCUCUUCCCGUAGUAUGAAGUGGGAAAGGUUCUCAUCCAGAAGCAGGUACGAGGGCCACUCCAUUGGAUUCCGCGAACGGAGGCGGUAUAUUGAUGAGGAAGACCCUUAUUCUUCUCGCCGUGGUGAGCCAGAAGAUCUACGGGGGUCAGUACCAUCUGCCAAAAGGCCAGCACGUCGCGACUCGCCGGUGCAGGCCUCAAACUCGGCAAUUCAUACGAUCUCGUGGUGGGAUGCACUUCCAGCCCGUGAAGAGUGGCAUUUUCCUGCAUUUGUUCACGCUUUGCGUUGUGGGGGGCUAACUAAUUUUGCUGGGAUACAGGAGGUUUUGUUCACUAGAUCUACCGAACAUUGUUGUUAUUUGUAUUCUAGUGAACUUGAGAGUUCAUCAUGUGUAGAAAAGCAACUGCAAAAUGAAAUAGAAGAACACAAGGCGACUACAUGCCUCAUACAAACUGACAUAUCUCAUCUGGAGUCGAAUCUGAAGUCCGCAGAGAGCUCUUUACAACAGGCAUCCUGUGGCUUGGAGAAACUAGAAGUUGCGGCUGCGCACAUGAAGGAAACAAACUGUAUUUUAGCGCAGGAACUGCAUCUGUCAUCAAAACAAGUUGAGGCAAGUACUAAAGGUGGGCUAAUCGUGGAUGUUGGGCACUUCCGUGUUGCUGUUACUUGUUUUGCUGUUUUUGGGUAAUGUACAGCGUUCGAGGAGAUAAAGAGAAAGCACGUGGUUUUUUGCGAAAUGCAAGAUGAAACCCACGGAAAGAUGACAUCUAUGGAAUCGUUUCUUGAAUCCAUCGCUCAUGAAAACAGACAAAUCCAAGGCUUAACGCAAGAAUGUGACUCUCUUUUGUUGUCAGUUUCGCAGUUGAAGCAGAAGAAACUGGGGCUCAUAUCUCAAAGCAAUGGACCAGAAGCCGCCGCUAUGGAAUACGAGAAAUGCAGACGAGAAAACGCGUCACACCUUGAGGUGAUACAAAGCUGCAAGGCAGAAGAAGCAGCAUUGCGAAAUCUUCGCCAUUUCGAAAAUUACACUGAACAAAUGCAGAGUGAAGUAGCACGGGAUCAGCUAAACAUCGAUUCUGCAGUCCAAACCGUAAAGAAAAAGACAGUAAGAGGGGAUUCAGUGUUCUUUGGGAAUUUAAAAGAACAGGUAUUUAUUAUUUCCUGGAAACAGGAAGACACACUGCAAGAGCAGGAAGAGCUACUCCAAGUAGCAGCAUUGAAGAAUGAGAAGGAAAGGGGACUCGAAGACGCAAUUAAACAACUAAAACUGGAGAUGUCCGUGGCCACACAAGAGAUGCACAAAAUAAUCGAUAACAUGGAUGAACUGAGACAGCGGGAUUCUGAAUUAGCUCAACACAAAGCAGCAAUCUUGCAAACUGUAGAGAGGGAAGAAGGAGAACUACAUGAGCUGAAGAAGGAAAAAAGCAUCACGGAUUUCCGAAAUGCACAACGGAAAGCUGCAACUCUCUCUGAAAAUUUGAAACUGGGGGAAGGUAGAAUAUCUGAGAUCUGUGUAGCUCAGGGAGAAACUCUACGCGGACUAUUAGCUGGACUGGCACUUCUUUUUGAAGAACAGAAAGACAUAUCACAACAGCUUACGCUUUCAAAGCAAGAAGUUGAUGUGUUUUGCAUAAGGGUAUAUUUGUUCACUGCUGAUUUGCCUGCUGUACUCCAGAAAUGUCACUGUUUUUUCACGCGGAUGAAGAAGGCAGAAAAUGAACAAAUUUUGAAGCAGCUUCGAGAAGAAAUUGAGGACAAGAGCCAUCAAGUUAUCGUUAUAAAACAAAAACACGAAGAAAUUAAAAAGGGGUUGGAACAGGAGUAUGAAAUGGCUUGCUCAGAACUCCGUGAGGAGUGUAGGCGGCAGUGCACAGAAUUGUUACAACAAACUCUAAAGGUAAUAUCUGUGACUGCGUGUAAGGCAUAUUAUGGAAGCAAUCCUUAA